AGUCGUCGUUUUACUAUCCGUGUCGGGAGUUUUACGCUAGCCGUUUUUCACCAUCCCCGAAUCCUGCUGUAGGUACACUACACGGUGCCAGUCGUUCGGGUUUUCGCCAACAUGAUACUCUUCGUCGUCGUCGCCGUCGUCGUUAACGCACACACAGCCGUUCGGGUGUUCGAGUCGUCAGAUUGUUGAUUUUUUUUAUUAUUUUUUUUCUUUAUUCACCUAGAGCUACGUACACGUACCUGAAUCGUACGUACUACUUUCCAAUCGCACCACCACCGGUUUCCCAACAUAUCAUUAUUAUAUAGUCUUACGUACGUGUACUCGUCGUAGAUCGCGUAUAUAUUCAUUAUCAUCUGUUUAUUUACGUAAUUUUUUUUCGCCCUAGUGAGUUCUUAUCAGCUCGUAUUGUCGAAUCGUUUCGUUCUCGUUGUUCGAUGCUGUAUAAAUUUUUCCUACGUAAAUAAUCUCUUCUUUUUUUUGUUUUUUUUUUGGUCGAUGUACGCUACAAAUUGCGCGUCGAAUUCGUAAUCGUUGCAUAUCAGCACAAGUUGCCAUCAUUUUUUAUCACUCGUUAUUUUAUUCUUCGUUAUUGUUGUUUUUUUUUUUUUUGGUGUUCCUAGAAUUAAUUUGUUCUUAUCUAUAUGCAUGUUUUGCACUCCUACUACAUCUUUACUCGCCAUCUAUGAAAUGGAGAUAUCUGCAGCAGCAGUCGAUGAAAUCGUAUUAGCGUGCCGGAUGCGUUAAUCGAGUAUCUAUUUUCAUGUCCGCUGUUUGCCCCGUGUUAUCGGAUCGUUCACUCGUAAUUAUGUUCGUUCGACGAGUGAUCGAAUACUGAAGUUUUACGUGAAUUUACGACCAUAAACGAUGAACUGGACGAUCAUCGUGAGGCGGAUGACGUAGGAUUUGACUCAGAUUGAUCUCCUUCUCUGGCCGGAUCGGUUCGAUUGAGAUUUCGUGCCGAUUUUCUCGUCACAAUUCUUACGAAAGAUAUGAGAAUCAAUUUUCAGCUGGCGAUUCGCAUCGAGCUAACCGUAGUAAACAGGGCGUAAUCAUGUACCGAACGCUGCAAACAAUCUGUUUGUUUCUACUGCUGAUGCUGAGCUGCGAUGGUAAAUCGCACAGCGAACCGAAAGAUAACCUUGGCCAUAAAAAGCCCCUACAAUCGGAUCCCUUGAUAGUGGAAACCAAGAGCGGCCUCAUAAGAGGGUAUUCGAAAUUCGUGCUCAAUCACGAAGUACACGCUUUCACCGGUAUACCUUUCGCCAAACCUCCUACGGGACCGUUACGUUUCCGCAAACCUGUACCGGUCGAGCCUUGGGAAGGUAUCUUGAACGCUACCAAAUCGCCCAACAGCUGUUACCAAGAGAAUUACGAUUAUUUUCCCGGUUUCGAGGGAGAAGAAAUGUGGAACGCUAAUACCGAACUGUCCGAGGAUUGUUUGUACCUGAGUAUAUGGGUACCGCAGAAGCUACGUAUUAGACAUCAUGGAGAUUCGGGCGAAAAUGGCAAGAAACCUAAAAUCCCUGUAUUCAUUUGGAUUUACGGAGGUGGCUACAUAAGUGGCACUUCUACAUUGGACGUGUACACCAGCGAUAUCAUGGCCGCUUAUAAUAACGCUAUUGUGGCAGCCAUGCAAUACAGAGUGGGAGCUUUCGGAUUCCUAUACCUGACCCCGGAGUUACCCUCUAGUAACGGAGAUGCUCCUGGAAAUAUGGGAUUAUGGGAUCAAGCACUGGCCAUAAGAUGGAUUAAAGACAAUAUCCAAGCGUUCGGUGGCGAUCCCGCACAUAUCACUUUGUUCGGGGAGUCUGCUGGAGCAGGAUCGGUGAGCGCUCAUUUGAUAUCGCCGGUCUCCAGAGGAUUAGCAACGCGCGGUAUCCUGCAAUCGGGCACGUUGAACGCUCCUUGGAGCUAUAUGACGGCCGAAAAAGCAGUCCAAAUUGGGUUAACGUUAAUCGACGACUGCGGCUGUAAUUCAUCGCUUAUCGAAGAAAAUCCUUCCAGAGUUAUGUCGUGUAUGAGAACCGUCGACGCGAAGACCAUCUCGAAAAGGCAGUGGAAUAGUUAUUGGGGUAUUUUAGGCUUCCCAUCGGCUCCUACCAUCGAUGGAGUGUUCAUAACUAAAGAUCCGCUGGAUAUGGUCAGAGAAGGAAAUUACACCGAUACGGAGAUCAUCAUUGGCAGUAAUUUGAACGAAGGUACUUUCUUUUUGCUGUACGAUUUCAUCGAUUAUUUCGACAAACACGAUUCCAGUUCGUUAGUACGGGAUAAAUUCUUGGAGAUUUUAAAUACCAUAUUUAAGGAUUUCACGCAGCUGGAAAGAGACGCUAUUAUAUUUCAAUACACCGAUUGGGAAAAUAUUAACGACGGUUACUUGAACCAAAAAGUACUCGGAGAUUUAGUCGGCGAUUACUUUUUCGUCUGUCCGACCAAUUUGUUCUCGAAUUUGUUCGCCGAACAAGGAGGAAAAGUGUACUAUUAUUUUUUCACUCAGAGGACCAGUUCACAUCCGUGGGGCGAUUGGAUGGGCGUAAUUCACGGAGACGAAAUAGCCUACGUGUUUGGCCAGCCUUUGAAUCUGUCCGUAUCGUACAACGCCAGAGAACGAGAUCUCAGUAUGCGAAUCAUGCAAGCUUUUUCCAGAUUCUCAACGACCGGCAAACCCGGAACAGACGAAUCAGAAUGGCCACGUUACACGAAAGAGAAUCCAAUUUAUUAUAUUUACGACGCGGUCAAAGUGGGCCACGGUAAAGGACCUCGAUCAUCCGCCUGCGAAUUCUGGAACGGUCUAAUGCCCGAAAUACAACAAUUCGCCGAAAUGAGCAUGAAAGGUUGCGGUCUCGUGAAAGAUUUCGAAAUCGAUGGCAACGUUACUAGAUCAAAUAGCCUCAGCUUACAAGCAGUCAAUUCGAUAUUGCUGACUGGUGUCGUAUAUGCUUUGUUCUCGUAUUUAUUCGUAUCGUUGUUGUAGAAUCGUUCGUCUAGGUACGUGCUAGCAAUCCGUACCGAAAUUUUUAUCGUAAUUUUUUUUCUUCUCUUCAAACCGUGUGUCGAGACGACGAUCAAGCUGCCAAGUACAGGCUGAAAAUGCGCAGGGGAAAAUUUGCAAACACUUAUCGCCUAGUUUUUAUUAACAAGUCCCUCUUUUUUUUAGUGUACCUAUGCGUUUUAUCUGUGUACCUCAUCUCUGUUUCUCUCCUCUUACUCUCUCUUUCUUCUCUUAUAACGCCAUCUCAUACUAUGUAAUUACCUGUAAUUACUUGUCAAUUUAUACGCGUACCUCGAUUUUACAUUAUCUAUACGUUGAGAGUUAUCUCUCCUCAGAUUCUCUCUUGAUCCGAACGUUGCUAUUAUUGGUUUGGUUGGUUACCAGUGGUGUGGUUAUGGCCUGGAUUCAGAAGUUGACGCUGUGAUGGUAUGAAAUCGCGAAGUAUAUUUCGAGAUCAGCUUUAAAGUGUUCCUGAAAUUUUGCUCGAAUGACUUCUUUUUGGAGGGUGAGGGGAGGGGGAGGGGAAGAUGAAGGAAUGAAUUCUUCUUCUUCUGCUUCGUGUUAUAUUGACGAAGGAAUAUCGUGGAUGGAAAUUCCAUCGCGAUUGUUUGAAAUUCAAAUUUGAAUUAUUUAGGGAUCUGCAGUUUUGUGGCCAGUUUUGUAUCGAAAAAGUUCAAAAAUGAGAAAAAUCAAAAUCGGAAAAAUAGUUAUUGAAUAUUUGUUUUAUUCGUCCGAAAAUAUAUAUUAGAAAAAAAUACAUCGAAUAAGAUGCUAAUAAUAGAAGGUUUUUUGUACCAGGGGGAAAGGGAGGGUGUUAUAAAAUUAUUGAUAAAUGAGGCCAAAAAAUAUAAUGGUAAACCUACCUUGAAAUUUUUACUUUCUAUUUCUCUCUCUUUCUUCAGUACAUAUCAACCGCAAACCGCAGUUCAAUGAAGUUUCUGGCCUUAAAAUAUGAAAUAAAAAAUUGAAAAAAAAAACUCGAAGUAAAGAUUAGACUCAUGAUCUGACGUGAGAGAUAAUUACAACGAAAACGAAGUUGAAUUAUUUAUAGACUCGAUAGGUAGGUACCGAAGAGUCCUUGGAAGAAGUUUUAUUGGUAGAAUAAACCGAAAAAAUUCCAGACAAGGAAUUCUUAUUUCUUUGUGGAGUCCUUGAAAUUUUCUUGUUACCUGCAUAAAUUUUUUAUUCGUUUGUUUUCGUGAAUUGAAUUAUGGGAUUGAACUUUGGAAGGUCUUAUAAAAAAGCAAUAUUGAAAUGCUCGAAUUCUCGAAAGAGGCUGAAGGUGUGAAAUAAUUUUUAGUGAAUGGCAGAUUUGUUUUUUCGAAUAAUUGUCCAAUUUUCCUGACUAAAAUAUGUACCUUAUUUUUUUUUAAUUUUGAGCGAAAAUGUUUAUUUAUUGAAGAAGUGUUUCGACUAAUAAAAAGACUAACUACAGCGCGAAAAAUGCAGUUUUGUCCACCACCAACAACACCCCCCUCCCCUCUCACCGUAAAUAUCGAUGACUGAGACGAAAAAAAAAGUCUUCAAUUUUGUACAAUCCUAUUUUCUCAGCUGACAGAAACAGAUUCCGAUGAGGGGGAGGGGGUGAGUCAACGUAUUCAAAAAUUGGAGGAUUUCAAAGAGCAAGAGCAACCUUCAUUUUCUUUGAAUCACGUCUUCUGGUUAUUUUCCCUUCAUUUAAAAGUCUAAUGCAUUAUUAAUCUCGAUUUUCAUUUCAAAUUUGCAAAAUGUUUUUUUGAAAUUCCAAAAAUGAUUUCUUUGAUGUGUAGGACCAAUUUUUGAAAAUUUACAAAAAAAAAUUAUUUUUCAAAAAAUCCCUUCACAAAAGGAAACUGUUGUUCUUGAACGAUUUUUGUCCAAAUGAUGUGUAAAUUAAUACUUACCCACAUGACAAUUUUCAAAGGCUGAGAAUUGAUCAAAAAUUCUGAGAAAAAAUCUAAAGAGAAUUUCUAAAAAUGAAAUCUUUCUUCUUUUUAUGGCCAACAUAACUUAGUAAAAGUAGGCCAAUUGGUCAAAUUUUGGAUUUUUUUUUCUUCAAAAUUUCGUUGACUUAUUCUUGUUUUAAUAAAAUUGAUAAAUGACGAAUUCUGGAAAAUAAUGUAAGAAAAAGGGGAGGAAAUGACCAAAAAUUCGUGAAAAAGUUGAAAAAAAUACCGUUUAUUGAAUAAGUGAAAAAAUUCCAUCGAAAGACUUAAAUUUCUUCAAAUUUAUAGAUCAUCAUUGAAUUUUUACAUCCUUUUAAAAUUAAUUUUUGACGAAUUCUGCGAAGAAAGUGCAGAGCAAAUUUGCCUCAAAUUAGUAGAAAUAAUGGUAAAAAAUCUCCAAAACCUUAUGGAAGAUCUUUAAAGAAAAAUUGAACUCCUUUUUCGUCAAAAAUGUUUGUUCUUUUUUUCAUUACCUAAUCGAACUGUUUUGAGAGGGAAAGAGAAGAGAGGGGUUACUGCAAAAAUAUGAGUAAUUUUAUUUUUUCAAAGGCGAGAUUUUCGAUCAAGACUUUGAGGUUUUUUUUGGGGGGGGGGGAUCGCCAGAUUUCACCUAGUGCAUUUUCCAAUGUUCUAAACUCUUUCAGAGGGGAAGGGGGAGGGAAGGAUUGAUGACGAAAAAUAUGAACUACAUUAUUUUUAUGUACUUACUUGAUUAUCAAACCGGACAUUUCCGAGUACCUAAGACUUUUUGGAUGGGAAAAGGGGAGGGAGGGAUCACCGGAUUUGACCGAGUGUAUCCUUACGCUUUUUCUAAAAAAAAAAAAAAAAAAAAAAAAACCGCAUUUGAGACCCUUAUUCCCCCCCCCCCAAUCAGAAAAAUAUCUUUCAAAAAAAUCAUUAAAAUUGCGUUUUUCCAUUUUUGCUGAACAGUUUCAAAAAUAGAGGAAAAUAGGUCGAACAAAAGUUGUUCAUUGGCAUCAUUCCUCCAAUCUGAGAAAUCCCCUCCCCCUCUCCAAAAAACCCACAUCAAACUCGUAUUCUUAAAAUGAUAAAAAAUCAACAUUACGAAGCAAAAUUUAUCGAACAAAAGUGCUGUUCUUUAUCAGCGAAUAUCUCAGAAAAUGAAGACUCAAAAUUUCAAACAUGAUUAAUAUUUUCAAAUAAAAAAAAAAAACUUUAAUUUUGCAUUUUUGGAUUUUUUUUUUUUUUUUGAAAAGUGAUGAAAAUUGAAGGUGUGGGCAGGGGUUGUCUUUUACACAAGGGGAAAUUCUUUUGGCCAUGUACUCGUACAUAUUAUUUUAGGCAACAUUUGUCUCAUAAAAUCAGAGAAAUAUCCCUUAAUGUCGUCAAAAUGUUUUUUUUCGGUUUUUUCUCAAAUUUUUAAUGAAUAGGUUUAAGAAUUGAGCAAAAUUUGCCAAACAAAAGUUGUUCCUUGAUAUCUCUUAAACUUUUUCUUUGCUUAUAAACAUUUAAUUUCAAGAUUUAAGUAAAUCUUGUCCCUCAAAUUGAAAAAAAAAAUACACUUCAAGAAAUUAUCAAAAUGAUUUUUAUUUCGAUGUUUAUUAAAAAGUUCCAAAGAUUGAGCAAAAUUCAUCAGGUAAAAAAGUAUUCCUGCCCCAGGAUAUUUUUUCUCUAAUUUUUCUCCUUAUAAAAAUGUAAUUUUAGGCAACCCUUGUUUCUCAAAUCAGUGAAAUACUCUUCAAAAAAUAACGAAAAUUGACUUUUUCUCAUUUUCAUCGAAAAGUUUCACCAGUGGAGUGGAACAAAAUCUGUUCAACAGAAAUUGUUUCUUGAAAUCUCUGACAACUUUUUCUGCAUAAAAAUCUCAUAUUUUGAGGUGACCCUUAUCAUCUCUAAAAUAAGAAAAAUGCUCCUCAAAUCUUUUUUUUUUCUAAUGAAUAGGUACCUAGUUUUAACAAUAGAGCAAAAUUUGUUGAACAAAAGUUGUAUCUCAACAUCUCCUCUACAAUUUCAUUUUUUAUAAAAUUAUUCCUGAGCAUCUCGCUACAAUUUCUUUUUCCAUAAAAUUUUAUUUGAGAUAACUCUUGCCCCUGAAAUUGAAAAAAUAUCCCUCAAAACAUCAUAAAAAUCGUGUUUAUUUCUCAUUUCAAACAAAAAGUUUCAAUAAUGGAUUAAAAUUUGUCAAAGAAAACUUGUUUUCAAAUAUCUUUGCUAUGCAUAAUUUAUUUUCUCGAAAAAUUUCAGUGUUAAGGCAACUCUAGCUCCUUAAAUUGGAAAAAUAUUCCUUAAAAAUCAUAAAAAAUUGUUUUCGUCUAACCAAAAAAAAAAAAAAUCAACAAUGGAGCGAAACUUAUGCAACAAAAGUUUUUUCUUAACAUAUCGUUUAUAAUUUCUUUCUUACAAAAAUUUCAUUUGAAGCCACUUUUCGCUCCUCAAAGUUGAAAAAAUUAUCCUCAAAACAUCAAAAAGAUCAUAUUUUUUCCUUUUUAUUGAAAAGUUUUUCCCAAAAAGUAAAAUUAUUGGUUCUUAGUGUUCAGAAUUUAAGUUUUUCUUUAAGGAAAGCAACUGUUUCCACGCCCCCCUCUCGCCCUCACUCCUCAAUCUUAAUGUUAAAUAUUGGUUCUGUAAAAAAAAAAAAAAAAAAAAAAAAAAAAAUAGUGGCGAAAAAACGUUUUUUCGAUAAAUAAUCUAAUCCGCAAAUUCAGUUAUUGUGAAAAUCAACUUUUAUGCCUUAAAUUCGAGGAAUUUAUUUUGAAUAUUGUGAAGGUGAAUUAUUUAAAAUUUAAAACUCAAUUUUUAUAAUUUUCCAAGGAUAUUUUCCAAUGAGAAAAUGGUCAUAAAAUUCAUCUAAACACUGUAUAAAUAUACGAAUAACUCUCCAUCGAUCAAAUCAGCUCAUUUUUAAGAUUAAAAUUCACUCCAAAAUAUUUAAAAAUAAAAAAAAAUAAAAAAACGAACAAUUAUUUUAAAAUUCCAUUCGAUUGGUCUCUACUUUUGAUCACAAAUCAACUCAUGCAGUUCUUUGCUGGUAUUUUUCCGAGCAAUUAUUUCCUCCAUUCAAAAACUACACACUCAUCCAACUUGUCAACUCAAUCCACAGUAGGUCCUUCCUUCUGGUUUAAAUUCAGCAAAUUCGAUCGUACUGCGGUUUGCGGUUUUCAACAUUCGAAUACCAUACACAGAAAGGGUAGUAUAGGCAGAGACACAUCUAACUCGUAUACUUUCGAUAUACUAUACGAUGAGGAAACUUUUACACCCUACGAAAAGAGCGAACUAGACCGAAUUAAAAUAUCCUCCGGUUGGUAUAUCGUACGUAUGUACUUUAGCCCAUUAUUUCGAAUUUGUGGACGAAUGUAUUUGUACGUACCAGUAUAUAGCAGAGAAGGUAACACAAAACGAUACAAAGGGAACCACACACAUCGACCAUAUUAGCAACUCGGAUACGUAUAAAUGUAUUUUUUUUUCUUUUUUUUUUUAUAUGUAUAAAAUCGAUAGCGUGUGGUAGCAUAUUCUAACUGAUGCUUUAACAAUUUUUCUCGCACUAGCUGAAAGUCUAGUGACUAAUAACUUUUUUAUUGUGAUAAAAUUAACUAACGUGCAAUUAUGUCAUUGUGUAUUAGUGUUCAAUCGAGUAUAUAUCGACUAAUUACUACUUUUUUUUUUUAAUUUAAAAAAAAAUCCAGCUAAUAAAGAUGGCUUUGCUAUAUACGAUACUACUAAAUGAGAAACGUUGCGAAUGUGACACAGGUGUAAUGGCACUGCCAACGAAAUCUUUAUUUUAUUUUAUUUUUUUUGUGUAAAGGCGACUAUCGUUUAGAAAGGUGAGCCUUUUUUUAUAUAGUGAUUUAUUCUUAUCCUUUUUUUCGUGUAGUAGAAAACAAAACUCCGAAUCCAUAUAAAUAACUACGUGUACUUAAAAGCUACUAAUGCUUCACAUUGUGUAAUUUUUCCCAAGCAUAUGAAGACGUUUUUCGUUUUUCGUUUUUUUUAAUCAGUCAUCGAAAUCUAACCCGUCUGCUGAAAUUUUUUUCGCGAGAUUUUCUUCUACUAUAGGGCAAUAAUAAAAGGCUUUUGUUAGAUUUCGAUGACGUCAUCAUCGCUCAGCUAUCCUCGAGGUUUUUUUUCUCCUUCUUUGGUUAGCGUAAUAGAAAAGAGAAUUUUUACGGAGGAAAAAAAAUUAUUACCAAGUACCACAUUCUGAUCUGUAUUUUACUUUUUUUUUUUGUUUUUUUUUUUGGUUUGUUUUUUUAUACCUACGUAACUUAUUUGUACUUAAUAUACUUAGUUGAUAGGUAAGGUAAUGCUUUUGUACCUUUGUAUGUUGUUUAUACUAUAUACGUGACUUGUGUACCUAAUUUUCUGUAAACUUUUGUACUAAAUAAUAAAUUACGACCUAUCGUAUAUGUCACGAUGGUUAGCUUUUGGAUGUUUAUAUAUUAUAUAUACGAAAAAGCAUAUCUUAAAUUAACAUCUUUCAAAUAUUCAACAAGCAACGUUCAUCGGGCUGCAGGCUGGUGGGGCUGAUUUUAUAAAUUCUUUAUAAAUACAUAUUAAAACUCCUAUAUACUUAGUUACCAUUGUGUGUGUGUGUAUUUUGUGUUGAGUAUAUUAUGUUGAUUGAGCAGGGCCAGGUGUAGAGAUUUUCUCUCUAUUAUCGACCUAUCAUCUGAAAUUUUCUACUCACAUAUUACAUAUGUGAGAAUUUUUUUUUUAAUGUGUAUUUUGCAAAAGCUAUAAACAAAACACAUAAGGUGUGUUUUUCCUUCUCGUCUCAGUUCUUAUAUCUCAUCGUUAUUGUGUUUGAUAAUACGAGUACCUAAUGCUAAAAAUAAGCACCACGUCCGCGUCCUUUUACCCUAUACUUCUUUUUUCUCGUAUUAAUUUAAGGUAUGCUUUGAUCAAAAGAGAAAAUUUCGUUUUACCAAUGUUAUUAAUGCAAUGUAUUACUAUCUCUAUGUACUUGUACACAUUUUUUUUUUUUUUUUUUUUUUUUUGCUAAAAGCCUAGAGUGCAGGGAUGUUUUUCUACAUCUUUUAAGUCAGUGUAGUAGAGUUCCUGUUACGAGCCUGGCUAUUUUUAUGAUUUGUUUAAAUUUGACUUACCUAUUUGUAGUAUGUUGUGUUUGUGAGUGAAUGUUGUUGUGGUUUGUUUUCGUAUUGUAUGUGUUUAUUUAUGGUGUACUUAUGUUGUGCGAUUGAUGAAUUAUUUCGAUGAAGGGGGUUGUGUUUCAGAGUUCGACUACUUUGAUGAAGUAUCUGUAGAAGAAGGCAUAUUGGAUGACUUUACGAGGUUUGGGAUUUCGGGACUCAUCAAGCCUGGAAUUAUAGUAAUAUGGAUUUAAUAACCAAAAUGUUGAUCAACAGAUGAACAGAAAUCAAUUGUUUUUUAUGGGUAAGGGGGUGGAGGAAAGUGACAUUUUCGAAAAGAAAUCUCAUUCUGAAUACUUUUUGUUGGAGUAAAUUUUUCUUUAAAGUUGAAACGUUUCUUCAAAAAAAUGAUAAAAAUGCAAUUAUAAUAUUGUUUUUUGAGAGAUUUUUUCCAAUUUGAAAACAAUUGAGCUUACUUCAAGUGAAACUUCUAUGGGAAGCAAUAUUUUAGGUGAUAUUUUAAUAGUUUAGCUCCGUAUUCACAAACUAAAAUAAGUCUGGGUUUGAUAUUUAAAAAAAAAAAAAAAAAAAUAGAAAAUUGAACAAUUUAUAUUACUUAUUUGGUUAAAAUGUAUUCUUUUUCAAAUUUUAAUUUUUAAAAAUUAAAAAUAUACUUAAACGAAUAAAAAAACAAGCAAAAGAGAGCUUUGAAAAUUAGAAAAAUAUAUACACAAAUGAAAUAAAAAACACGACCAAAAUAGCAAAGCAGAAAAUGAAAAUUGAAAUUCUGUUUGUUGGAGUGUCCAACUCCCCUCCCCACCCCUUCCCUUCCACCACCCAUAAAAAAUCAAAUAUGUACUUACUUAAAGCAAAAAUGAAAUUGAAAAACGAAAAAAAAAACUUCAAGCAGAAAAAUGAAAUUUUAGGACCAGAAGUUUAAAAAAAAAAUGAAACAGAAAUUGAAAAAUUAAAUCCACAAAUUAAUUAUUUUCUCAUUCCCUCUCACUCGUACAAUUUCAAAUCUCGAAAAAAAAAAUCAAAAAUAGAAGUAAAAAUAAAAAUAAAAAAUCCGUUUGACAAAAUAAAUCAUUUUUUGACGAUAUUCCCAGGUCUUCUCUUGUCCUUCUCAAGAAAGAACUCUUGCCCUUCACCAAAAAAAAUGAACAAAACUUCAAAAAUUGGAAAAUAAAAAAUAUUUACAUAACAUGAAUGAAAUUGAAAAAUGAAAAAAAUGUGAUGGAAUUUUCAGAAAAUUAUUCCCGAGAGCAAAAGUGAAGCAGAAAAUGGAAAAUGAAAAUCUUUUUUCGAAGUGUCUAUCUUCUCCCCCUCCCCUCGGCCCCUCUCUUGCUGUGGAAAAUUCCAGUGAAAUGAUUUUGAAAACUGGAAAAAUCAUUUCAGUUUUUUAAAAAAUGAAAAAAAUAGGAGAAAAAACUUCAGCUAAAGAAAUGAGAUUCCGAGAGCAAAAGUGAAACAAAAUCAUUCUUUUGAUAGACUAAAAUAUUUUGUUGAGGUUUCCACCUUCUCCCCCUCCCUCUCUCUUUAAAUGAAGAAUUCUCCCCAAAAAAGUAAAAAGAUUUUGAAAACUGAAAAAAUGUUUCAAUUUCUAAAAAAAUGAAAAAGAAAAAUUCGAUUAAAUGUUUCAAAAAUAUUGAAAAAAAUACGUAAUAUUUGAAAUAAAAAGAAACAAAAAAAGGAAAGAAAAAAGAUUGGCGAAAAAAUGUUGACCAAAGUAAAGAAAUUUCACGAGUAAAAGUGAGAAUAAAAAUGAAAAAUUCACUCGAUAAAAUGAAUCUAUUUUUUCUAUUGCAUAGCACUCCUCUUUCCCUUCUCCCCUGUCCUCCAUUAAUUAAAAAUAUAACCAGUAUAAAGCUCGAAAAAACUUUGAAAAUUCAAACCAAAAAAAAAAAUUCCAACGACACAAACAAAAAGGAAAUUAAAAAAUGAAAAAAAUUUGAAUAACAAAAAGAAUUUUUUAAGAUCAAGAGUGCAACAGAAAAUGAAAAAUGGAAUCCACUGACAAAAUAAAUUACCCAAGUUCUUCAUUUCCUAAUUAAGAAGUGAAAAAAUGUAGAGAACAACUUUUUAAGAUGCAAAUUGAAACUUCAAGAACAAAAGUUUGAAUAAUUUUUGACAAUGCCAAUAAUUUAUUUGUCGAAAUGUCUGAAUUCUCAUCUCACUUCUUCUUUCAACAGAAAAAAAUCUCCCCCUUCUCCCCCUCCUAAAAAAUGAAGAACAUUUAAUACUUAUCGAAACACGAAAAAAAAAUGAGGGAUGAAAAAAUCAAGAUUCAAGAAACGUUAUUGAUCAAAAUAGAAUUUUUUUGAGAAAAACGAAGCAAAAAAAGGGAAAAAAUCUGUGUGGACAAAUUGAAGUGCCCUAAUUCUCUUUCUUCUCUUCCUCCUCGCACUCCCCCUGUCCACUUAUCACCUCCUAUCGCAACGGAAAUUUUUUUUUAAAUUAAAAAAUUUUCUAAAACUUGAGAAAAAAGAGUUCAAACAAAACAGAACAUGAAUUUGAAAAAUUGAGAAAUUCGAAGAAAAAUAUUCACCUACCUGAGUAACAAAACAACUUGCAAUUUUUAAAAGCGAAAGUAAACCCGAAAAUUUAAAAAAAAAAUCGAUUCGAAAAAAUAUUUUGUUAUUUCUUCGAUGUGUCUAAAUUCCUCUUCCCCGUCCCAAUGAAAAAAAAAAUCCAAAAAAACAAAAUGGGAAAAAAACAUUGAAAUUUGAGAAAAAACCUGAACAAAGAAACAAAAUUAUGAAAUGAAACACUUUUUGGAAAAGAAACUGCGUACAAUAAAAAUACACUUUAGAGAAUAAAAAAUAAUAAUCUUCUCCUUCCCUCUCCCAAUGAAAAUAUAUCAGUAAAAACUUUGAAAAACCAUGAAAAAAAAUUAAAAAUUUGGGAAAAAAAUUCUAAGUAACUAAACUCAGCCUUAGAAGCAAAACUAUAGGAACUGAAAAUGAAGAAAAUCCAACCACCUCUCUGCUCCCGUCAACCCACCCCUCCACACAACUAAAAAAAAUAUACUCAGUCCUCAUCAAAAACACUCGGAAAAACUUCCAAAUUUGUAAGAAAUAUUCAAAACAAAAAGAAAUUGAAAAAAUUUUGAACAAAAAAAGAGUACAAAAAAUUGAAAAAUUGUAGAAGUGGCCUGAAGUUCCAGUUUAUUUAGUUCUUAUCAAAAUUGCUGAUGAAAUUCUCGUACCUAAAACAUUUAAAAACGUUGAAUUAACAUCGAAACAUCUCAUUGAACAAUUCUGCUUCAAUAAUUUUAAGACAACGAGUAAGGAAAAAACUUGAUUAGAAAUAAAAUCAUAGGUACAUAAGCAAAUUGAUUUCUUUGCAUCGAAAUUCAUUGAGUAUUUCCAAAAAAAAAAAAAUGUGUUGAUUUCGCAUGUAAAUAUUUAAUAAUAUUAGAGGAAGAUGGGAAGGGGGAGGCAGACAGGCAGUUGAUUCGAAAUAAGCAAAUUAUAAGUACAUUAAAUACUCAUUUCCUGUUUCAGUCUUCAUGUGUAAAGAAUAAAUAGGUACCUACUUGUAUGUUGAUGUUUCGAAUAAGUAGGUAGGUACUUUCGAAGUUCAUUGAAUUCAACUUUGAUUCGAUCUUCCAAACCAAUGCUCGUUCUUUACUAAAUUGUUUUUUCAAACUUAUAAGUUCGUUCCCCCUCCCCCCACCGCACCGUAUAUUCUUAUCAGCAGGUUUCAUCUCAAUUUAUGGGGAGUUUAGUUUUCUAUUCGAUGUUUAUUUUGGAAAAACAUCCACGUGUGACCUAUUUUGUUGUGAUUCUUUUUUUUUUAAAUCGUAUAAAAACCAGUGUUUUGAAUUUUGAGUCAAUUCUGUGAAAAUUUAUUCCAAUUUUUUUUUUUUAAUUUUACAUCUCCAAGUUCAUUUUAUGAAUUUAACUAAAAAAAAAUUAUUUGAUUCCCAAAAAAAUCAAACCUUGCAUAAUUCUUAAAGUAAUCCUUAUGCAAGUUGCUGAUACUUCAUCAUAAUGGUCGACUCUCCCAGAGAACUCGUGUACGUAGUUUUUGGUCUUCGUCUUCGAAAUACACCUUCGAAAAUAUCUAACAAAUAAAAAAGGCUCGUAAUUGUACUUAUUAUUUUUUUAAACUAUAGCACAUUUUAUGACAGAAAAAAAAUGAUAAUUUUUUUUAAAAAGUAAAUAUAUAAGUGUCCAAUAAUUAAGUGGUUACCACGUUGUAUAAAACCAAACAUAUCAAUACCUUGUAAUACCUUGUAAACGUUACAUAUCAUCAUACAUAUCAUUUUUGUUUAUACAUUAUUUUUUUGUUUGUUUAGUAUUCACUUUUGAAUACUUUUAUUUGUUCUUCAAGACGUUUGUUAUUUCCUUUUUUUUUUUUUUUUUUUUUUUUUUUUUACUUUUUAAUAUUUACUCAAUAUGUUUUCUGUUCUGUUUUUCGAAAUAAUGAAAAUUCUAGUACACGGUACCGUACAAUAAUUUACAAUGUUUUUUCGCAGAUCACUGCUGUAUUUCUCUUUCUCUCUCUCUCUCUCUGUAUUCCUCGUGUAAUUUUUUUUCCUUAGAUAUAAUAUUCCAGCCAUUGUUUUGCUCAGCAAAUCGAAACCAUUCCUUUCUCUCUUUCUGUCUCUUCCUAUAUCUUGUUGAGUUGUUGGUGAAUGACGUACGAGCAUUAUUUUGAGGAAUAAUUGCUCGCUCUAACUAUGACGAUGGUUUCGGUAUCUCGAAAAAAAAAAAUUGCAAAUCGUAAGAUUCGAAGUUGUUGAGAGGUAAAUUUGUACCAUACCGUGUAUUUCUUCUGCGUCAUUAUUCAUUAUACUCGAGCACUCGAAUUUGCAUUUGCAUAAGACUUGUUAAUGAUACGACUUUCGAUUCUACGCUAUAUUCGUUUUAUAAUGAUUUGCCGGAUGCAAGAUGGUACUAGAAUUGACAUACGACGACGAUGCUUUUCAUUUGAAAAAGUUUAAUGAUGGUGGUUUUUUUUUCGUUAUAAUUUUUUUUUUUCUAAGAGAGAAAUAUCAGUUCUAUCGACGAUAUGAACCUGGAAAAAGUAAUUUAAGUUUCAAUGUUUAUAUAGGUUAGACUUUUGGAGAAUGUAUACGAUUUUUGUAAUUAUUCCAAAAGAAGAUGUGAUGUUAGUAAAUAAAUAGAUUUGUUAAAGUUUUUCAUCCAGGUUGCAUAUCUUCGAUGGAUGUGUUUUUUUUUUCGUUUAUUUUUUUUACAUGAUAAGCUUUGAUUAUGUAUAUCUUUUAUGUGUACCUAUCGAUUCGAUAAUGACGACGAAUUAAUCGAAAAAAUUAUGAUAAAAACCCAGACAUAUCAUUGAUACAUAUCGAGAGAAUUUACUCAAAAUGCCAACCAAAAAAAAAAUCAUUUUACUUAUACUUAUACAUAUAAGUACCCAUGUUUUCUUUUUCUUUUUUUUUUUUUUAUUUGUAUUUUAUUUCUAUGUAGGAUUUUAUGAUGAAAAAAAAAUUCAGGAUGACUUUAGCAUUUCAAGGGAACAUGAUAGACAAUCUUUCAUAUAUAUUUUAUUUUUUAACACAAUUAGCUCGGGUCAUCCGAGCCAUUUAGAAUUAUUUCCAAAUUAUUAAAUACCUGAACAUAUCAAAACAGUGAUUCUCCUCUCUACUUUUACUAAUUACUACGGUACCUUUUGCAGAUUUGGAAGUAUAGAAAUUUAAUUUUAAAAAAAAAAUCGUAGAUUAUGGAAUUGGUUUCUACAUUUUAUGUAUUCGGUGUGUUCUGUUGGUGAAAUGUUGAAUAAAUCGUCUGGUAUUGUGGCAACCCAAACCGCAAUGGCGUCGAUUAGGUUGCUGGAGUUUGAAAAUACGUAAUGAAUUGCUGCAUUACCGAGUGAAUUUCACAACUCUUCAUCACGCAGGACACCCUGUAUAAAUUUCAACAAAGAUAUUUCUAUAGGCCAUUUGCCUACGUAUUUUAUUUUCUACAGGGUAGAUAACGAACUUUUUGUAUUGUCAAAUGUACUUACACGAUUAUAAAGAUUUUUGAGAUGUAUUGUAUGUACUAUGUACUAUCAAAGUAUGUCAGUAUUGAAUUUACUUAUCCACCAUCUUAUAUAAAUACUAUAAUAAUAUACAUAUCAUUACAAUUUACAUAUAUUUUAAAUACACAAGACAUGGGUUUACCCACCUGUAUGUACUUGAUCCUUUUCCUAUACAUAUCUACCUACCUGUUUACAUAUCUUCUGUUCAACUAUAUACCUACCUACCUACUCCAUCGCAUACCUACCUACAAAUUUAUAUUAUUACUAUACGUACUCGUACAUAAUAUUCAUCUGUAAACUGUGUAAUUUUGAGAUUUCUAAAAAGAAACACUGAUCAUUCUGUAUCAUCUCAUCUUCAUUUUCAUACUGUCAAAACAUACCUAUAUUACCUACCUAUAUAGUCGUAUUAAAAAUUAAAGAAAAAAAAAUGUAAAAAGUCUUUUGUAAAAGCUUUAUGUGUCGCAUCUAUCAGUUCUAUGUGUGUUCUAUUCCGUUUUUAUAAAAAGCGUCCUAGAUAAAAAAUAAUAUUAAAGAUGUUUGUUUUACUACGAAAAAAAAAAGAAAAAAAAUUAAAAAUAAAGCGUAAUUGUUUGUACGUCUUUAGAGGCUAUUCAAGCAGUUUGUAGCCUUUAGUAUGCGAUGCUAUUUGUACUGCGUUUCAUAAUAAAAUUGUUGAUAAAACGUG